GUGAUUAAAUUAUCAUCAAAUAAGUGAUUGAAAACUGUUUGUCUUUGACUUUGAUGUCAAACAAUUAAAUUAUUGAAUUAAAUUCGAGUAAAUCUAUUGAAAAUGCCCUCAAUUUUAAGCAAAAUUUUGAUGCCUCACUGGAGUGUACCUUACAAUUGCUAUGAAAUCGGACACACGUGGACGCCUUCCUGUUCUGAAGCAGCAAUUGAAUUGGGAAUUAUUGUAUUUAAAGAAUCAUUGAAAUUAUAUACACCGCUAUAUUUGUUAUCUCAAGGUUUACAAAAAGGUUUGGAUGUGAAUGGACUGAAACAAAGUAUUAAUAGUAUUAUUCGUUCGUCGCUUUUCUUAAGCUUUAAUGGUUUUUCAGUGAUUUUAUUGUUUUGUUUAACCCGACAAUUAAUGGGAAAAUUUUACUAUAGUUUAUGCGCUUAUACUCCAGCUUUUAUCGGAAGUUUAUUAGCCAUUACUAUAGAGAGGCCAUCCCGUCGACCGGCACUUGCACUCUAUGUGGCCAACAUUGCAUCGGAAACCAUAUUUAGGAUAUUUAUAUCGCGUGGUUAUAUGAAACCCAUAAAAAAUGGAGAAAUAUUGCUCUUUACAGUCACAAUGUCUAUACUAUUAUAUAUAAUUAAAAAGAAUGGCUUCGGUGUCGAUCCCGUGAGUUUGGCCUUAAAAUUCAUUAUUGGAAGAGAAGAAUCCAAGAGAUCUAAUAACAAACAAAACUUAUCAAUUGAUUCAAACCAUAUGAUUCAAACCAAUACAUUUCAAUUGUCACAACCAGUGAAUACAAUUUACGGCAAAAUUGUAGCAAAAUUUUAUACACUGUUUCCGAAACAUAAUUCCUGUCCACACAAACAAAAUUCAUGUUUUUCAUAUAUUUGUUAUUCAUUUUUGCGUUCAUUUUUCUUUGGAUGGUUUGGAAAGUCGGCUUUUAAGACACUAUCAAAACCACGAGCUUUUCUUUUACGACCAAAUUUCAUAAUUAGAAAUAAUUUUUUCAGUUCAGAUAAUUUAAAGUUUGGCUUAUUUUUGGCCUCAUUUACGGCUAUUUAUAAAGGAGUUAAUUGCAGUCUUCGUUGGGCAUCUAAUGGUUGCCAUGACUGGCACGCCAUCAUAGCGGCCCUCUUUGCCGGUCCCACAAUGUUUUUAUCGCCAAAUACGUCAAUUACUUUAUAUUUGAUGUGGAAAUGCAUUGAGUCAUUAUAUUGUAUUGGAGUUAAAAAAGGUUACAUCAAAUAUGUGAUGCCAACCGUCCAUAUAAUAUAUGCCAUUUCUACGGCUCAACUCUUUUAUUCAGCUGUUUUAGAGCCGAAACACAUGAAGCCAUCGUAUAUGAAAUUCUUAGACCGAGUGACUGGUAAUCGUUUACAUCAAUUGAAUCGUAUGGUUCUCGAUGUCUUUGGAACCGAUGCUUCAGCCGGUUAUGAGACUUAUAUUCCUGACUUUGAUCUCAAAUAUACUACAAAACGAUUUCAAGAAUCAGUUUUAUUAUGGCUUUUAUAG